CCCAAAACCCGCCCGAUUAUUACCAUACUACUCUGCCUCCUUUCGUGCCCUUCUCCGACGAUGGCGGAGGAGAAACCCUCGCGAGCUCCCGAAACCCUCGCCGGAGCGGGAGAAGAAGAAGAAGUAGAAGCCCUAGGAGCCGCUCCCUGGGAAACCCUAGAACCACCUCCGGUACCCGUCCUUAAUGGCGUCGUCGACGAGGUUGCAAUAACCCAUUCACCAAUGGCGGCGGAGGUGGAGGAUGAUGACGACGAGCGCGCCCUAGUGGGCGACCCCGAUCCCGAUCCCAAGAUGCUCAAGAAGAGGUACUCGAGGAUCGAAUUGGAGCGGUUGAUGUACGCGAAUCCUGAGCAUCAGCGGCGGAGGUGGGAGGAGGUGUACGGCAGCCUCGGCGAUGCCGUGUCUCGCGAAUACGAUGGGAUUUGUGCGGCGGCGGACCCGAUGAGCAGGAAGAAGACGACGACGAAGAAGAAGAAGCAGGGGGGUGGGGGCAAGAAGAAGAAGGAUCCAUACGAGAUUGUAGGUAAAGAUUCUGUUGUGGAUACUUCAACAAGUUUGGAUGUGCCAAAUUUCCAUGAAUCUGGUGCGCAUGCAAGUAGCAUGAAUUACUCAGCCAUAGAACAACCGUGUGAAGACUAUGAAGGCGUUGACGAUGAAGAUGAGUCUAGUGAUGAUGAGUAUGGCAGCAUUCAAAGGCCUGCCUUUUUAGUGGAAGGAGAACCUGAUUUUGAUUCUGGCCCACCACUAGAUGGUUUUGAGUACCUAAGGCGUGUCAGGUGGGAAGCUGCUCAAAUUCCAAAAGUGAAAAUAGCUAAGAUCAAUUUGAAUAAACUUGCUGGUGAGCAGACACCUUAUAUGCCAAAAAUACCAGAGAUACCCAGGUGCCUGCCCGAAAUAUUGCCAUCAAAACAGUGGGAAGAUACAUUUCUUGCUCAAUUUUCAGGGAUAAGAGAGGCUUUUUCUCAGCUCGAGAGUUCCUGCGAUCAACCAUUGGUCACAGCAGGUUGCAGAACCUCUUCCAAACAGCCUGACUUAACAGAGCAUGCAAAGAGCGUUCCAACACUAACCAUGAUUCGUGGCAUGGACGCCGUUGUACGAGCUGCAACAUUAAGGAACUACGUAGAUAUGCUUGAAAGCAUGGACACUUUAUCGAGGAACGACUGCCUGUGGCUAUUUGCUCUUUGUGUGGCAGUAGACACUCCGUUAAAUGCCGAUACAUGUGCUUCUCUCAGAAGCCUUCUGCGGAAGUGCUCGAACCUUCUGGCAAACAAGUCAGAGUUAGAUGAUGAGGCCGCGAUGUUGAAUAUACUCAUCACGAUCACUGGGAAGUAUUUUGGGCAGUCUGAGAAUUACUAAAAUCAAACAAGGAUCUCUAAAGAAGGCUUGGCUCUUUUAAGAACUGGAAAAUGGUCUAUUUAUUUUGUCAUCAUCAGAAUCAAACCCCAGAGAGCAUAAUGCAGUUUCAAGUUAUUACUCAAAUGGCAUUCUGGCUUGAUGUUUUGCUGCUAUUGCUGCUUUGAUCAGUUUUUGGAUGUUUUCACGUGCCACACUACUGUCCUUUGCAGUAUUAAUCCAUAGAUUUUAGUACAUUAACUGGCAGCAUACCGGUCUUUGCCAUCCGCUUAAUAUCGUGUUUUCCAUCACGGGCCAGACGAACGAGGAGUCAAAUGAUGAAGUGUUUUAACCUUUUAAUGGAAAAUAACGGAGCUCUACUGAAGCAACAGAUACAUUUAGCCUGUCUCGAAUUGUAGGGGAUCGCUGUCGUCCUUGUAUUGUUAAGGAUUGAUGGACAUUAUUCAUUGUGGACGUGGCCGUGUCUCAUUCGAGCUUAUCGAGAAUGAGAUAUGCGCGAUCCUUUUUAGGUCGUAAACAUAUGGAUGUGACCUACUUUUCCAAGUGUAGGAUGUGUCAAAGAUGAAGAACAAUGUUUUGGUGUAAAGCUUUUGUUGAAAUGGUUGUCGGGAGUAUAUGCUCAGUUUCGGUCUGUCGGUGAGGACCAUUUAUAGGGUUGGAAGUUAUGCGGUUGAGUUUACAUGAACCUUCGGUUGGGCCGAACAAUCUGCAACUACGAGUGAGUCGAAAUAAUGGGUAGUAACUACUGAUUUAGAUUGUCAAUUAUUGAUUCAGAUUAUACUGCAGAGUCUGGGACCAUUAUUCCUUUCGCUUUAGUAUGUCUCACUUUCAAGAAUCAUUCUGUGUUCUCUGCUCAUCGCCUGUUCCUUCUCUUUCUUUUUGCAUUCUCAUUUUCUUAAAUAACAUUGAAUUGAGCGGCCCAUUAGGGUUUUCCAGAUUAUGAUUUGUAACAAAAGAUGGUGGUCAAGGACUUGUUUGA